UAGUGCUCAGUAUAUUUUCAUACAAUUUCUUCUUUAGUUAAUUCCUCGCGGUUUUCUGCUUGUUUGUAGAACAAACAAAUCAAAGCCUAUUUAAAUGCCUUUAAAGAAUAUAAGCACAUUUUUUCACGCAGAACUUAAUUAUUUAAUUUAAGUUUUAUUAAUUAAUUUUUAAUUCUUUCACUCAUUUUGCGUUCUAAGGAAAUGGACCACAGGUGGAAUAAUUUCGACCUGAAGCGCCCUCCUUUUAUAACCAUACCGGUGAAACACAGUAAAUUUGUCCCUUUAUUACAUGCCGGAAUUGAUGAAUAUUUUUGUAACCACGGUACUUACGAUGAAGUAUUCAAUGAAACAGCAGCUUUGCUUUCACGUCUAAUAGCACGUCGCAAGAACUCAUUCAGAAGAAUGCAUGGUUUCAGAGAUAUUUGCAAAUUGAACGCUGCCUUAUGCCGUUUAUUGCGAGUAGAUUUUAAAAAAGAGUUGGACACUUUUCGUUCAUCGUUACCCGAUGUUGCCUAUGAGGACGGCACAGAAAUAUAUAUACCGGCAAGAGAUUGUUACGACUUCCUAUUAUUGCGUUUGAUUGCUGUGCAUAAAUUGUAUGAGAGGAUUCAAAAUUGCUGUACCAAGGCUGCGGGCUAUUUUCUUCAUCAAAUAAAAGUGUAUCAUUUUUUUGAAAUUAGUACUCUCUUGUUGGCUGUUGUAGCAAAAAUAAAUGAUUUGAGUAUGAAAUUGGGAAAUUUGAGCACAAAUUUAUAUCGACACUUGCUGCCAUUUAGAGUAAAGCUGCCACGCAAUAUCAAUCCAAACGUCUACAGCGAGCCCGAAUUUGCAUUUCCUAAAAAAUUAGAAGAGUUCGAUAAAAAAAGAUUUUGCAAUCUGCCAUCUUCUAGUUUACAAGACACAACGCAAAUGGAAGAAGAAUUAAAUCACUUGAUAAGAGCAGAUAGUAUAUUAGCGCCAGUUAGAGCCAAGUGCUUAAGAAAGAUUGAUGUUGGUGUUGAAGUGGAGCGCCAAGCAGAAGAAAGAGCAAAAACCUUAAACAUUGAUGAACUAACUACCGCAGAAGAUGUAAAACGAUUUAUCCUGAAAGAACGAAAACAACGAUCUAAUAACUCAACUGAAUGUAUAACAAGAAAUAUAAAAGGUCACGAAUGGUUGGGAGCGGUGAAAAUGUUUGAAAAGAAAGUUCACAACGGUGAAGCUAGGAAAGGUUUAAGUGUUUUUCGGAAAUUCCUCGAAGCAAAAAUAAAUUAAAAAUUUAGUUUAGACCGCUAAUAUCUUCGCAUCUUAUUU